AUGAAUAUGGUUAAAGGUGAAAAAGAAACGGAUCUAAAUGAAAGAUUAAAAUAUUACGAAAUUAUUGAAGUGAAUCGACGAAUCGAAAAACGAGGCAUCGUGGAUAACAGUGUUUUGUACAACAAACAAGAACGAUUAACUUUUAGAGCUUUCAAUCGCUUUUUUGAUAUAUAUCUUACACCAAAGAAAGGCAUUCUUCAUACGAACUUCAAAUGUCGAGAAAUAGACGAAUAUGGAAAUGAAAAAAUAUGCACGGUUAAUCCGGCUGAACAUUUCGGUGGUCAUUUGCAUGGCGCUACUGAUUCGGUAGUAACAGUUAGCUACAGUGAUGAGGGCUCGUUAUUGGGCACCGUACAGAGUGAUGGGGAAAUCUACGUUUUCGAACCUGCAAGAAUUUAUUUCAAAACAGCUCAUUCUCGUAAAGUCUUAGCUUAUCGAAAUUCGGAUUUAAAACUAAACUAUGAGGGAGGUAACGGAUCAUUCUGUUCAUCGGUAUUAGUAGGGAACUGGAAAAACGCAUCAUUUUCCCAAUCAAUGCGCAUCAAAAGAUUAUCAGCAUUACCGGCACAUAAAAACCGAUGUGCCUUGCGCGUAGUUGCGGAUUAUCGAUUUUUUAGAACGAUUGGAAAUGGUAGUCAAGCUUUCUGUGCUAGAUAUUUGAUAAAUGUAAUUGAUCGUGUCAAUGCAUUGUAUACAACGACUGAUUGGGGCAUCGACGAGGACGGCAGACGAUUGAUUAAUAUGGGCUUCAUGAUAAAAGAAAUGAUAAUUCAUACGUCGCCUACUCUCAAUCAACCUAACCAUUAUAAUUCAUAUACCGAUACUGAACGAAACGUCAAAGCUGUUCUUGAUAAUUUUUCCAGAAAUCAAGGAUCUGAUAAAUAUUGCCUUGUUCAUCUGUUUACAGCACAGUCAUUUGAGAAUGGUGUCCUUGGUUUAGCAUAUAUUUCAUCACCUGAACUUGAUGCAGCGGGUGGGAUAUGUUCGGUGCAGAAUAAGGAUCGAUUAGGUAUUGUCUAUUACAACACUGCUCUUUCAAGCACAAAGGCUACUCAUGGUGGCACAGUGGUAUCACGUGAAGCGGAUAUUGUAACGGCUCACGAAUUAGGUCAUAAUUGGGGUGCGACACACGACGAUUUGUCGAUGGAAUGCUCACCACCAUACAGUUUAGGUGGUUCUUAUAUUAUGAACACUUUUUCCGUCUCUGGCUAUGAUGAGAAUAAUAAUCGUUUUUCACCAUGUUCGCGUCGUCUUAUUGGAAAGGUUUUGUCACGAAAAGCAAAUAUUUGCUUUGAACCGGAAAUGAAUGCGUUUUGUGGUAAUGGUAAAGUUGAAAAUGAUACAAAUGGUUUCGCAGAAGAAUGUGAUGUUGGUGGUUUGCUUUCCGAAACUGCUGAUGAAUGUUGCACAUCAGAUUGUCGUCUUAAACCGAACGCGAUUUGUUCGCCGAAAAACAGUCCAUGCUGUUCAAAUAAAUGUCGGUUUCUUCCAUCAACUCAUCUUUGUCUUCAUGAAAACCGAUUCCAAUGCAAGCUUUCCUCAUACUGCACGGGCGAUUCAGGUGAAUGUCCAGAGCCUGGUUACGUGCAAGAUGGUACGCCUUGCAUUGAAGAUGGAGAAUGUUUAAAGGGCCACUGCCUUACGUUCUGUGAAAGACCGUCUAUCAAUAAAAAACCGUGCAUGUGCAGUAGAGAAGCAGUUGCAUGCCUACGUUGUUGUCGUUCUGAAAACGGAACAUGUGAGCCAUAUAGUUAUGAUCCGAAAUAUAUCUUAAAAGAUGGUACUCGUUGUAUUCACGGCACAUGUUCGCAGGCCGUUUGCAUUAAAGAAGUAGCUGAUUUUGUUUCUCAUUUUUGGUACAUCAUCGAAAAUCUUGAUGAAACGAAUUUUUGGAAAUUCGUUGGCGACAAUUUGGUUGGUAUCAUUGCAGCUGUUGUUCUAAUUAUAUGGAUUCCUGCAAGCAUACUUAUUCAUAAAAUAGAUAAAGCGCGUGAAGUUGCAGCAGUAGGGGAAAGUGAAAGUCGUAUCGAAGUUGUAGGAGAAAAAUCGAUCUACAAAUACAUCAUUAAUGCACAUUCUCCGACAAGUGAUAUCGAUAGAAAUCUUCGAUGCUAA